UCUCAAAGAGGAAGAGUUCUUGGAUAUCACCCAAGAAGCAGCAGCUUUUGAACAAAGUUCAAUGGAGGUCUUCGAAAUCAAUGACGCAAAGCCGGAGAAGAAACAUGGGGUAAGAUGCUCCAUAGCUGUGAUGUUCACCUACCUGAUUCUGCUCACUGCAGGAGCCGGGAUACUGGUGAUUCAAGUUCUGAACCUGCAGGAGCGGCUCCAGGCCCUGGAGAUGCACUUCCCCAAUGGCACACUGGCCACUGAGCACAAGCCGUUCUUCUUGCUGCAGUGGGGACGUCCCAGCUCACACCCAGGGCUGCAAGUCCUUCAGGCCCAACUUGCCCAGGUCCGCAUGAGCCAGGAACACCUGUCGCAGCAGGUGGACAACUUCACUCGGAACCCAGAGCUGUUCGGGAUCAAAGGUGAACGAGGAGCCACAGGGCCUCCAGGUCAAAAGGGGGCCCCGGGCCUUCCUGGCACCCCAGGUCUGCCAGGGCCACCUGCUGAGAAGGGAGCCAAGGGGGCCACGGGACGCGAUGGAGCCACAGGUCCCCCAGGACCCCAGGGCCCACCAGGAAUCAAGGGAGAGGCCGGCCCCCAUGGACCCCAGGGCACACCAGGGAAGCAGGGAGCUCCUGGCACCCCAGGACCCCAGGGAGAGAAGGGCAGCAAAGGCGAUGGUGGUCUCAUUGGCCCCAAAGGGGCACCUGGGAUAAAGGGAGACAAAGGAGACCUGGGCCUUCCAGGAAACAAAGGGGAUGUGGGCAUGAAAGGAGACAGAGGAGUCAUGGGCCCCCCUGGAGCCCAGGGGAGUAAAGGUGACUCAGGGAAGCCAGGCCCGCCAGGUUUGCUUGGUUCUCCUGGAGUCAAAGGAGAUCAAGGACAACCAGGAGCACAGGGUGUUCCAGGCCUUCCUGGUGCAUCAGGACCCCCAGGUGCCAAGGGUGAGCCUGGCAGCACUGGCCUCCGCGGGCUGACAGGACUGCCGGGGAUUCCAGGGAGUCCAGGAGUCUCGGGCAUGAAAGGAGACAAGGGCAACCCAGGAUUUCAAGGACAGAAAGGAACAAAAGGAGAACCGGGAGUACCAGGCCUUGCAGGCACGAAGGGAGAACGGGGACAGCCUGGGCUGGCAGGGCCCAUGGGAGCACCUGGACCAGCUGGCCAAAAAGGAAACCCAGGACUGAAAGGAUCUCCUGGACUGCAAGGAGUAAAGGGAGAAAAAGGUGAAAAAGGUGAAUCCCCGGUCUCCGUCAGGAUUGUCGGCGGUAGUGUUCGAGGCCGGGCUGAAGUUUACUAUAACAGCACCUGGGGGACAAUUUGUGAUGAUGGCUGGGAUAAUCUAGAUGCCACUGUCUUCUGCCGCAUGCUGGGUUACUCCAGGGGAAGAGCUAUUACCAGACAGGGAGCUGGCACUGGGCAGAUCUGGCUGGAUGAUGUUGCGUGUCAGGGGACAGAGAGUACCCUGUGGAGCUGCAGGAAGAAUAGCUGGGGCUCUCACAACUGUGUCCACGAAGAGGACGCAGGUGUGGAGUGCAGCAUCUGACCUGGAAGCCCUCUCCGCACUCUGCCCCGAGGUGUCUGCCGGCUCACACAUGGGAAGGCAAAGGCUCUUUGUGGGGUUCCCUGGAAACAGCUGAGCAGCCUCAGGGGAAGGUCAUUAAUAAAGUUCAAAGUGCUACCUAGCACCAUCACAGGC